AUGGCCUUGGCCCAGAGUGAAGAAAUGGGGGUUUGGGAACGAGGCGAAGAGAAAGAAGAGGGCCUGGUGGAGGUGGGUGCGAACAUGAUGGGAGGUUGGGAAUCUGAGAAGGGGACACAGGUGCUAGGACUUGUGAAUAUAAAGGAAAAGGUCAAGGUUCCUUCCUCAGUCCCGCUGGCGGGGGCCUGGGCGGAAAACACCAGCAGCAAGCAAGCCCCAAGGGACCCCAAGGUGCAUAUUCCUUCUUCCAACUCUAAAAUCGUAUUUCUACCCAAAUGUCCUAAAUCAACCAUCGCACAGGAGUUGCCGGAGGGGUGCCCUUGGCGCUCUGUUGGACGCGGGCUGGUUGGGACGCUUGAGCAUCUCCCCCCACCCCGCCACCUCCCUCCUCCCGGUCCUGGGUCUGAGGCCCUAGUCCAGGAGUGCUCCCAGAGGGCUCUGAGGGUCUGGGGCCUCGGUACAGGAGCUCUGUUGGGACAGGAGGCUACAGCGCGCACGGAAGUGCGCUCGACUUGCCCCAGGCCGAGGCCGACUCUCCUCCCCCACUUCCUCCUGCGCGUUGGCUCAGCCUCCGGGGCGGCUCCUCCUCCUGCUCUGCCUCCUCCCACUGGCCGCGGCAGCGCUCUGGCUGGGGGUGCGGCGCCCAGCCCUGCAGUCCCGAGCCUGAGGCGCGGCGCUGAGCGGCCGAGCGAGAGGGAGGCGAGGGGCUGCCCGCGCUGCUAUCCCCGCCCCGCGCGCCCUGCGCCCCACUUCCCGGGCGGCCGCUCGGGAGCUCAGCCCUCCUGCCUCCUCCGGCGCUGUCCGGGACUCGCCGGGAAGCAAGCAGCUGGCAAGUUUCGGCGCGCGCAGGCGGCGGGCCGCGGGCACCUUUGCGGCGCCUUCAAUCUAGAUGUGGACAGUCCUGCGGAGUACUCUGGCCCCGAGGGAAGUUACUUCGGCUUCGCGGUUGAUUUCUUCGUGCCCAGCGCGUCUUCCAGGAUGUUUCUUCUGGUGGGAGCUCCCAAAGCAAACACUACCCAGCCUGGGAUCGUGGAAGGAGGGCAAGUCCUCAAGUGUGACUGGUCUUCUCACCGUGGGUGCCAGCCAGUUGAAUUUGAUGCAACAGGCAAUAGAGAUUAUGCCAAGGAUGAUCCGUUGGAGUUUAAGUCCCAUCAGUGGUUUGGAGCAUCUGUGAGGUCAAAACAGGAUAAAAUUUUGGCCUGUGCCCCACUGUACCACUGGAGGACUGAAAUGAAACAGGAGAGAGAGCCUGUUGGAACAUGCUUUCUUCAGGAUGGUACAAAGACUGUUGAGUAUGCUCCAUGCAGAUCAAAAAAUAUUGAUGCUGAUGGACAGGGAUUUUGUCAAGGAGGAUUCAGCAUUGAUUUUACUAAAGCUGACAGAGUACUUCUUGGUGGUCCUGGUAGCUUUUAUUGGCAAGGUCAGCUCAUUUCAGAUCAAAUAGCAGAAAUUGUAUCUAAAUAUGACCCCAAAGUUUAUAGCAUCAAGUAUAAUAACCAGUUAGCAACUCGGACUGCACAAGCUAUUUUUGAUGACAGUUACUUGGGUUACUCAGUGGCCGUCGGAGAUUUCAACGGUGAUGGCAUAGAUGACUUUGUUUCAGGAGUUCCAAGAGCAGCAAGGACUUUGGGAAUGGUUUAUAUUUAUGAUGGGAAAAAUAUGUCCUCCUUACACAAUUUUACUGGUGAACAGAUGGCUGCAUAUUUUGGAUUUUCUGUCGCUGCCACUGACAUUAAUGGGGAUGAUUACGCAGACGUAUUUAUUGGAGCGCCUCUCUUCAUGGAUCGUGGUUCCGAUGGCAAACUCCAGGAGGUGGGGCAGGUCUCAGUGUCUCUGCAAAGAGCUUCAGGAGACUUCCAGACAACCAAACUGAAUGGGUUUGAGGUCUUUGCAAGGUUCGGCAGUGCCAUAGCCCCUUUGGGAGAUCUGGAUCAGGAUGGCUUCAAUGAUAUUGCAAUUGCUGCUCCAUAUGGGGGUGAAGAUAAAAAAGGAAUUGUUUAUAUUUUCAAUGGAAGACCCACAGGCUUGAAUGCGGUACCAUCUCAGAUCCUUGAAGGGAAGUGGGCUGCUCGGAGCAUGCCACCAAGCUUCGGCUAUUCAAUGAAAGGAGCCACGGAUAUAGACAAGAAUGGAUAUCCAGACUUAAUUGUAGGAGCUUUUGGUGUAGAUAGAGCUGUAUUAUACAGGGCCAGACCAGUUAUCACUGUAAACGCUGGCCUUGAAGUGUAUCCUAGCAUUUUAAAUCAAGACAAUAAAACCUGCCCACUGCCUGGGACAGAUCUCAAAGUUUCCUGUUUUAAUGUCAGGUUCUGCUUAAAGGCAGAUGGCAAAGGAGCACUUCCCACGAAACUUAACUUCCAGGUGGAGCUUCUUUUGGAUAAACUCAAGCAAAAAGGAGCAAUUCGACGAGCACUAUUUCUCCAUAACAGGUCCCCGGGUCACUCCAAGAACAUGACCAUCUCAAGGGGGGGACAGAUGCAAUGUGAAGAACUAAUAGCAUAUCUGCGGGAUGAAUCUGAAUUUAGAGACAAACUCACUCCAAUUACUAUUUUUAUGGAGUAUCGGUUGGAUUAUAGAACAGCUGCUGAUGCGACAGGCUUGCAGCCUAUUCUUAACCAAUUCACUCCUGCCAAUAUUAGUCGACAGGCUCAUAUUCUGCUUGACUGUGGUGAAGACAAUGUCUGUAAACCCAAACUGGAAGUUUCUGUGGAUAGUGAUCAAAAGAAGAUCUAUAUUGGGGACGACAACCCUCUGACCUUGAUUGUUAAGGCUCAGAAUCAGGGGGAAGGUGCCUAUGAAGCUGAGCUCAUCGUUUCCAUCCCACCGCAGGCCGAUUUCAUCGGGGUGGUCCGCAACAGUGAAGCUUUAGCAAGACUUUCCUGUGCCUUUAAGACAGAAAACCAAACCCGCCAGGUGGUAUGUGACCUUGGAAACCCAAUGAAGGCUGGAACUCAACUCCUAGCUGGUCUUCGUUUCAGUGUGCACCAGCAAUCAGAGAUGGAUACUUCCGUGAAAUUUGACUUACAAAUCCAAAGCUCCAACCUUUUUGACAAAGUAAGCCCAGUUGUAUCUUACAAAGUUGACCUUGCUGUUUUAGCUGCUGUUGAGAUAAGAGGAGUCUCAAGUCCUGAUCAUAUCUUUCUUCCGAUUGCAAAUUGGGAGCACAAGGAGAACCCUGAGACUGAAGAAGACGUUGGGCCAGUUGUUCAGCACAUCUACGAGCUGAGAAAUAACGGUCCGAGUUCAUUCAGCAAGGCAAUGCUAAAUCUUCAGUGGCCUUACAAAUAUAACAAUAACACUUUGUUGUACAUCCUUCAAUAUGAUAUUGAUGGGCCAAUGAACUGCACUUCAGAUAUGGAGAUCAACCCUUUGAGAAUUAAGAUCUCAAAUUCGCAAACAACUGAAAAGAAUGACACAAUUGGUGGGCAAGGUGACCGGAACCAUCUCAUCACUAAGCGGGAUCUCACCCUCAGUGAAGGAGAUGUGCACAGUUUGGGUUGUGGAAUUGCUGAAUGCUUGAAGAUUGUCUGCCAGGUGGGGCGACUAGACAGAGGAAAGAGUGCAAUCCUGUAUGUAAAGUCUCUGCUGUGGACUGAGACCUUUAUGAAUAAGGAAAACCAGAAUCAUUCAUAUUCUCUGAAGUCAUCUGCUUCAUUUAAUGUUAUAGAGUUUCCAUAUAAGAACCUUCUAAUUGAGGACAUCUUCAACUCCACAUUGGUUACCACUAAUGUCACCUGGGGCAUUCAGCCAGCACCCAUGCCUGUACCUGUGUGGGUGAUCAUUUUAGCAGUUCUAGCAGGAUUGUUGUUACUGGCUGUUUUGGUAUUUGUAAUGUACAGGAUGGGCUUCUUUAAACGUGUCCGGCCACCUCAAGAAGAACAAGAAAGGGAACAGCUUCAACCUCAUGAAAAUGGUGAAGGAAACUCAGAAACUUAA